AUGGGCUGUUUGUCAGACUUAAACCACGUAGUAUCUGUCUGCGCACAGGUUGGUAGGGAGAAGGAAGAUCCUACUGUACCGCUGAAUGUUAUUCAGCUGCUUACUGAUAUUAGCGUUGCUGUUAAGAAGCCUGAAGUAGCGGACUUGGUCUUCCCAUUUUUUGUUGAAAGCCUAGAAGAGGGUGAUACUUCAACUCCUGGCUCUUUGUGACUCCAACUUCUUGAUGAUGUAUCUCGGAUAGCAACAUUAGGAUUUGAGAAGUCCUACCGCGAGACAGUUGUUUUGAUGACUAGAAGUUACUUGAGCAAUAUAUCGAUGGUGGGAUCUGAGGAAAGAAUGAUAUCAGAACCAAAAACUAGAACUAAGCAUCUAGAGGCAUACUGUAAUCUGAUACAUGGUUCUUUUCUGUGUUUCUUUUCGAUUUUUCCUAUUCAAUUGGAUUGCAGAUUCUUGCUGCAGGCUUUCUUACAAUUGCUAAUG